AAUUUUGACUUGUAACAUAGUUGAAUGUUUCAAUGUUUUUUCACCUGAAGGUGAUUUUUACUGUUCAAUGAUAAAGUAGUGAUAAAUAUACAUAUUAAUGUAUAAUUGAGUAUAUACAUAUUAACUUCAUAAUGGUUUACCCUGAGGAACCCUUUUGGGUUUUACCCACGGUAACUGGAUUUUACGAAGAUAGAGAUUAUAGAGUUAAUGUAGUGGAAGCACUUCAAGAAUUUUGGCAAAUGAAACAGUCACGAGGAGCGGACCUUAAAAACGGCGCACUUGUUAUAUACGAAUCGAUUCCGUCCAACAGCCAGCCUUAUGUAUGUUUCGUAACACUGCCUGGGGGUAGUUGCUUUGGUAGCUUUCAGAACUGUCCAACAAAGGCGGAAGCAAGACGUAGCUCGGCUAAAAUUGCUUUAAUGAACUCUGUAUUUAAUGAACAUCCGUCGCGUCGAAUCAGUGACGAGUUUAUUUUGAAGGCAGUACAGGAUGCACGUGCUUCUUUCAAGGCAACACUACAAGGCAAUGAUGGAACAGAGUCUGGAAUUGAAGCUUUCAGGUUUAUGCUGGAAGCAAAUAAGGGAAGAACCAUGCUGGAAUUCCAAGAACUGAUGACUGUAUUCCAACUCCUGCAUUGGAAUGGAUCUUUAAAGGCAAUGCGAGAACGUCAUUGUUCAAGGCAAGAAGUAGUGGCGCACUAUUCGAACCGCAGUUUGGAUGACGAAAUGCGUGCACAGAUGUCUUUAGAUUGGAUAGCUCGUGAGCAUGAGAGCCCUGGCGUUAUCCGAAGGGAGUUGCUUUUGGCCGAACGAGAGCUAGAGACUUCUCGCAUGGCUGGUCGGGAAUUACGCUUUCCAAAAGAAAAAAAGGACAUAUUAAUGAUAGCUCAUAAUCAGCUGGGUGGAAGUAACUUAAACUCGGCAUCUAUUGAUCAAUUAUAAUAAUAAUACAAAAAUGAAUCAUUGCGAAGUCAAAUUGAACCGACAUUUAGAAAACAAAUAAAAAUCUUUCAUUGGGUACAAAAUGAUAAUGCGGCACGUUUUUCAAUUUCAUAUUUUCUAUAUUAUUAAAAGUUUACUGUAAUAAUACGCAUCUGAAUAACAUAAAAAAAUGUUUUUAUUUGAUUGAAGUUACUUACAAUUUCGUUCUUGUCGGUAAUCUAAUUAAAUUAUUUGUUUGACCAAGCCUCAGAUAUGUGAUUUGGUACGUUAAGUGUGAUUUACGUCAGAAGCGAAGUAAAAAUGUAAAUUGGUAAUCAAGAAGUUUUAAGUCUCCUGAAAACUAAUUAAAAUUAUUUUGAUCAAAUCGCAGCACGAUAAAUUAAGUGAAAAUGGAAGCAUGCGUAUAUAUUUAUAUAAUUGGCAUACCAUAUGAUCUCCAAUAAAAUGGACAAGUCGAUUUAAGAUAGAACACAUAUUAUACAUCCCAUGAAGCCAUUCAAAAUAAAUUUCUUCUGUAUGUAACAAAA